GUUGGUGGCGGCGAAGCAGUGCACAAUCAACCGCAUGCUCCUGGUGUGGGCGGGCUUUGCACCCAAGAGGAGGAAGCCUACCAGGGGCUUUGCUAUCCCAAAUGCUCAGACCUCACGAACGGCCAGUCCCCUUACCGGGUUGGUUCCUUCCAAUGCUGCCACGGUAGCGCACUAGACUGUCUGCAUGGUAAAGGGACCAUUUCUUCGACACCAAAUUAUGGGACCUCGGAGAUUCCCGCUGCAAAGGACCAUGGGCGGUCUUACAAAGCGCUAAACAUUAUCGAUGCCAAAUGUAAUGAGGACGAGGACGAUUACAACGGUCUUUGCUAUGAAAAGUGCAGCCGAUUGACCUACGGGCAGGGAACGAUCCGCACUGGGCCAAGUAGUUGCUGCACAUGCGGCAAAGGCUUUUUCCAGAAUCUAUGCUGUGGCUUGCCCUGGAAUGGUCUUUCAGAUGCAUCCUUCGCAGUUGGGCAGUCAGAAGCUGGUGGAGCACUUAAAGAUCUGCAAGACCUUGUUAGUUACAGGCCCUUCAUACCAUUCACGACAGAUGUCGUUCACAUGAUGCCAGACUCCUUCAUUCUUAAUUCUUGA